CCCUAUCCCGGCCUCUCAGUCUCUCCGGCACCGCCUCUGCCUCUUCGUCACACGCAGAGCUCCUCGGUACUCUCUAUUGCAACUUCUUCAUCGCCAGACAUUCCCCCCCACUCCUUCUGGCAGUCCGCCAUGGGCAAUGCGCAAUACUUUGCCUCUGGCCUCAUCUCCCACCCUUGCGAAUCCACGCGCCACUUCUCCAUCAUCCGCCACACCAGCGCCCUGAUCUGGUACGCCGGCCCGUCCACCUCCGUGUCCAUCUCGGUGCUCUCAGACGAGCCUCUUCCAGCUACACGCACGCUGUGGAUGCAGCAAAAGGGCUUCUCCGGCAACAUGGGCAUGGCCAUCAAGGCCUUUGCCGGCACGACGGGCUCGUGGAUCAACGUCACGCCCGCGCGCCAGACCGCCGUGGGCGACACGCCCGAGGCCGACGAGCGCAUCGUCCAGCGCGACUUCAAGCGCUUCGCCAAAAAGGCCUCGGGCAGGCACAAGAAGCACAUGCCGCGCGAGACGCACGUCGUCCGCAUCCCGGCCACGGCCGCCGACGGCUACUUCCGCCUCGUGCUCUGCGGCGGGCCCGAGCCGGGCAAGAAGAUUCUCUGCGGCAGCCCCGUGUUCCGCGUGGCCAGCACGUCGACCGACGUCAGCGUCAUGAGGGGCGCCAGCCUGAGCACCAUGCCGCUGGAAAUGGGCGUCAAGGUCGCCAGCACCAUUGGCCAGGCCGUGGCCAACAGGUACAUUGGCGUGGCCAGCACCGUCGUCAACAGCCAAGUGAGCAGCAUUGUCACCAACCAGACAGUCAAAAAGGCCGGCACCGUGGCCUAUCAGAGCUACCAGGCCACCGGCGUGGGCGAUGCCGUGCAGGAGAGCUGGCAGCGGCAAAGGGCCCAGCUGGAAAGGUAUGAUUCUCUCAUGGACAAUGUGCCAACCAUUGGCUCCGAGGCUGGCCCCGAAGCGCCUUUUCCCGUCAAAUUCGACGGCAAGGUGGUUCCUGGAACAGGGCGGUCAUAUUCCGAGCUGAGCAUCCCAUCAGCCAAUCUAAGCGGUGUCUCGGACCAGAUCAAACUUCGCAUGCCGGGCGUGUUUGCCGCCUGGGCAUGCAUCCACAUCCCUCCCAGCAACAACAAUGAAAAAGCCCCAGGAGAUGUUCUCCCCACAGAUUGGUUCGAAGCCAUCGUCACCAUAGCACCAUCCCGCCACGCCCCUCCCUCCGUCGCCAUGGAAAACACCAUCACAGUCCACAUCAUCCACGACUUCCACGGCGCAAACUUUGUCAGCGCCAAAGUCAAAGUCCUCCUCAUGGGCCAUCUCCACCCCGCCGCCGGGCACAACACACCACCAGAGGUCCUCGUCAACCAACACUUUCAAGACGUCGACAAAACAAUGGCCAGUCUACGCCGUGCAGCCUGGGGGCCUCACGACACGGUGGCGAUGCUGAAGAGCGUCAAGUCUAGCCGAACGUUUGCGGAAAAGGUGGACGACACGACGGGCAAGGUGGUGAGGCAGGUGGAUAAGAUUCCUUUGCACCGGGUGGGGAUGAGGUCGGACGUGGGCUUGAUGCAGGACAAGGCGUAUGGGAAUGGUGGAUUGUGGAUUGUGAGGUGAUUUGACGAGUUGAAGUAAUUCGAAAAGGCAUUCAUUAUACUGCGUCGUUGUAUUUCUACUUGAGCAUCCAUGUUUGCAUAUUAUAGCGGAAAGGGCACGGAAAGGGAAAAUGGAGUCAGGCUAGCAGUGUAUUUCACCGAUUUGUACCUAAUGUCUAAUCUACACAUCUGAAAUCG